ACUAGCAGCACCAACAACAGCGGUCUCGGUCAGUCAAUCCCCAUCCUCUGAGCCUGAAGCACACACACGCUCUCUCUCUCUUAGUGUCUCUCUCCUCCGACACAACCCCGGCCACCAGGAUCACCUGUAUGACCCACCUGGUGAUGUGUGUUGAACUGUGCCUUAGUGGACGCAACACCCAGGACGCAACACCUCGCGGCAGGGGACAACCCACAGGGAAAGGUCUACGGGUAGAGAGGGACCUGCGCGUCCGAAGGGUCAACAAAGAACGGAGCUUCCAAUCAACGAGGCACUUCGGGAGGACUUCUCCUCCAGACGCCUGAAGACCCCGUCCCGAGUUUCCAAGCCGCACCUGGCGAUGGGGAUGACCUGGUACCACAUGGUGGGGGCGUGGGUGUUGGCGUGGACGGCGUUGGUUGUCGUCUCUCAGCGCAACUGGGCGGUCUCUUGGUUGGCGUUGGGGCUAAUGGCCGCCCACAUUGCCGACUGGGCCGUGAAGGCGGCCAAGAACGCCAUGAGAAGGACGUACAUCGACCCGACGGGCAAGGCUGUUUUCAUUACCGGUUGUGACAGCGGCUUUGGUCGACUCCUCGCCGCCAGGCUUGACAAGAUGGGCUUUAAGGUAUACGCGGGUUGCCUGCUGCCCAACGGGCCAGGGGCGCUCUCCCUGCAGCAGGAGGCCUCAGACAAGCUCAAGGUGCUCAGUCUCGACGUUACGAAGGACGACGAGGUGAGAGCAGCCUACAAGACCAUCGAGCAUGACAUGGGAGAGGACCUGGGUCUGUGGGCAGUGAUCAACAACGCUGGGAUCGCAGCCUUCACGGAGAUCGAGUGGUGCCCUCUGUCAGAGUUCCGGAGGGUGUACGAGGUCAACUCCCUGGGGCCCAUCAGGGUCACCAAGACCUUCCUGCCGCUCCUCCGCAACUCCAAGGGCCGGAUAGUUCUCGUCGCGUCCCUGGCAGGCCGCUACACCUUCCCGGGCUUCACCGCCUACAGCAUGAGCAAGCACGCUACAGUCUCCUUCGCCGACGGCCUCAGACUCGAGAUGCAGAAGUGGGGUAUCUCUGUCCACACCGUCGAGCCUACCCUCUACAGAACACCCAUCAGUCAAGAAGGACCCAUCCACAGCGCCCUUGACAGGUUCUGGCAGGAGUGUUCUGAGGACGUCAAGAAGUCCUACGGUGACGAGUACAUCAAGGACUUCAAGACGACCAUCUCCAUGCACCUCAACAGAGCCAAGCCCUCGGAGAAGAUCAGAGAGGUCAUUGAUGACAUGGUUGAUGCUGUUGCUGGGGACGACCCUAAGACGAGGUACGUUCCCAGCGUGGUGACGCAGAUCAGGGCCAAACUGCUUUCGUCGCUGCCGGAGAAUCUGAGAGAUCACUUCUUCCUCAGCAUCCAGCCUCAGACUCCCCCAGCGUACGUGGCAGAAAGGAGAAAGAAGAAGCCUGCGCUUGUCGAUCCUCGCGUCGGUCUGGACCAGCUGAGAUCACGGGGCGCCAGGCUUGUCCGAGGCUUCUCUAUGCCCAACUGGGGCAAGAACGAAAUGACGCCUUCCCCAAAGAAGGAAACAGAAUGCAAGUUCCAAUUCUGAGGGAUGUCUAAGGCCGUGCGUUUUCAGAUUCAUUUGGCAGAGCCUUCAGGGGUGUACUCGAAGUUCCCACCGCGUUCUUCUUCGACCAAGAGAGACCGAGACCAAGGCAGAUAUGAAGAUCAAUUUAAUUUAAUUAUUUCAACUUGAAGGAUCAAUUUUCCAGACUCGAAAAGGUUUCUGCUUCAAGUUUUAAGCAUAAUUUACAACGAAAACUUACGAUUAAGUUGAUUUUGUCUUGUUAAAAUUUAAUAUAUCAUCGGGUCGAAAGGAAAGAGAAAACUAUUAACUAGAAAAACCAAGUUCACGUUAUGAAUCUUUUUUUUUUCAAUUGGGAUACACGUGUCUUGUUCUAAUAGUCAAGUGUCGGGAUGGUGUGUGUCUCUUCAGAGAGCAAAAUAAGUUUAGGUUCUGAAAAUUGCUAAGUCAGAACUGUAUACCAAAUAGCGUUUGCUGGCUGUGUUAAGUUCAGAGUUCAAAUAUACGCAAAACUUGCAGUGUUGGCAUAUCAAGAGGGCGACUUUUUGUAGGUUUAGACUAGGCUAUUGUUGUAAGUUGUGUCAUAUAGGCGAAGGCUUAAAUAAAGUCUUGCGUUCAAUCCAGUUCAUCAUACGAGGGGAAGCAGCAUCUGUGACGGCAUCAGGAGAUGUUACCAUGGUAACUGAACCCGUUAUCUUAAGUUUAAUCCGAUAAUCCGCCCCACAUGUUACAACUUUAAGCGGUGAAAACGGAAUCUACGAAUAGGCUUCUCCGGACUCUAGCUUCAGAGGUCCCUGGAUAACUGAAUCCAACGUAGCCUUUUGUAUUUUUGUUUAUAAAUCAAAAUAAACUUAUUUAUUUGCGCAUUAUCGGUGUGGAUUACACGCAAACACAUGUAACUUACACGAACCGGAAUUAAGUGAUUUGUAUAUAUGUUGAAGAAUUCUAUCCUUAAGUUUGUACAUGUAUAUAUAUAUAUAUAUAUAUAUAUAUAUAUAUAUAUAUAUAUAUAUAUAUAUAUAUAUAUAUAUAUAUAUAUAUAUAUAUGAUAUAUAUAUAUAUAGAUAUAUAUAUAUAUAUAGAUAUAUAUAUAUAUAUGCUAACAAUGUGUUAUUUUCCUUGUACGUAAGUAUGUAUAUACAGCAACGAGGUCUCUUGUAUAUGUAUAGUGUACAUGUAUAGUGUAUAUGUUGUAAUAUACACUGCGACCAUAGCACAGUGGUCAAGAAGCUUGCCAGCUUGGCCGGCACGGAUCACAACGACACAACCCGGAGUUAUUAAAGAUGUAUAUAUAUAAUUCACAGGAUUAUACGUGCUCUCUUUGUAUAGUGUACUUAAAAUACGGAAUCAUAUAUGUUGUAUGCUGGUGUGUGUGUGUGUGUAUAUAUAUGAUUUUAGUCCACAAAUUCAGCUUCUUUGCGAUACAGUAUCUGUAUAUAUAUCGUUCUUGCACAAAAAAUUAUUUGGAAGCAUAUCCCGAUAUAUCUACGCGUAUAUGAUGCAUUUUAGCAUAGAAACCAAGAACAAGCAAAACCCAUUCCCAUUUCAUUUGAACCCAUUCCAAUUCCCAUUUCUUCACAAUAAUAAGAGGUACACAUUCACUCAUUAGGCAAACUAUACCAAUUGUCCACAUCAACAACACCACAUCCGGAUUGAGGGCAUUACAGAGUCCCAAACACAGUUAACAAGCACGAUAAUAAAUAGUUUUGGUAAAUUCCUGAAGAUAAAAAUCCCCCCCGAUAUCUGAAGAUAUUAAUCAAGAUAUCAGCAACUGAUAUAUAUAUAUAUAUAUAUAUAUGUAUACAUCCGGGUCACGUGCCAGGUUUCUGACUGUAUAAUUAAUAGGAGCAACACCGGGUUAUUGUUCCGAGAAAUGAAUUGUAUAUUGUGCUUGAUAAUCCUGUGUAAUGGGCCGGGCGUGCAUGUGCAUGUGUGGGGGAGGUGUUACGUGUGUGUGAGUUAUGAAUAAAGUAUUCCUUACAAA